AUGAGCUGCAAGUCCAUGGCCAAGAUGAGGGGAAUACUGGUCUUGGGGCUCCUGUUGGCUACUCCCAGCUGCCUUGGCCACCAUGAGGACCUGGCCAAGUGCUUCCAGGACCCUGAGUACGAGUCCAUCGUUGUCACAGCCCAGGAAGGCCUCCACACGGCCCCACUGCCCCGGCGCGUGGUGGUGGUGGGAGCUGGCAUGUCCGGCCUGGUGGCAGCCCAGGCCCUGCAGGACGCUGGCCACCAGGUUUCCGUCUUGGAAGCCAGCAACCGCAUUGGGGGUCGAGUGGUCACAAUCAGGAACAAGGAGGAGGGCUGGUACCACGAACUGGGGCCCAUGCGAAUCCCAAAGUCCCACAGGCUGGUUCACACCUAUGUCAAGAAGCUGGGCCUGAGGCUGAACACAUUCAUCCAUUACAAUGACAACGCCUGGUACCUCAUCAAUGGACAACGCUACCGCAUGAGAGAGGUCAAGGCCAACCCAGAGAUCCUGGGCUACUCCAUGAACCCCACAGAGAAGGGCAAGAAUGCUGAGAAUCUCUCCCACCAGUCCACUGCCAACGUGCCUCCUGCCUCACCCCUCCCAGGGAUGGGAAAGAGCAGGGUCUGGCCUGAAGUCACCACGCAAAUCAAUCAAAGUGUGAAAAAUUUCAACUGCAGCCACCUGAUGUCCUCUUCUAACUCCACCAAGGCUUACCUGGUGAAAGAAGGGAUGCUGAACCCGGGAGCAGCCAGGAUGAUCAGGGAUAUGAUGAAUGAGGAUGUUGAAUUCAAGUCAUUCCUAGAGUCCGGGAAAUCUGACAUCAUCUUCUCCAAAAGUGAUGACUUUACCGAGAUCACAGGUGGCUUCGACCAGCUCCCCGAAGCCCUGAGGGCCAGCUUGAAGCCUGGCACCAUCCAUCUGGGCUCCAGGGUGGAGCUGGUAGUGAGGGAUGGGCCUGAGGUCCACGUUUCCUACCGGGUGGGCAAGUCCAACUCUGCACUGCACCACCUCACAGCGGAUUUUGUCAUCAUCUCCGCCUCCGCCCGCGCCACAAGCCUCAUCACCUUUAGGCCGCCACUCUCGCUAGACAAGGUGGACGCGCUGCGCUCGGUGCAUUACGUCAGCGCUACCAAGGUGGUCCUGGCCUGUAAGGAGCCCUUCUGGGAGCGGGAUGGCAUCCACGGCGGGGUCUCCAUCACCGACGGGCCGUCGCGCUACAUCUACUACCCCAGCCACAGCCUUCCCAGCGGCAAGGGUGUCCUGCUGGCGUCCUACACGCUGGGCGACGAUUCCCUCUUCUUCGCGUCCAUGAAGCACGAGCAGGUGGUGGCUAUCGUCCUGGAGGACCUGGCGGCGGUGCACCAGAUGCCCAAGGAGGCGCUGCGGCACCUGUGCCCCUCCUCUGUGCUCAAGCACUGGUCUCUGGAUCCCCUCGUUGGGGGCGCCUUCGCUGUGUUCACUCCCUACCAAUCUAAGGACUAUGUGCCGCGGCUCUCCCAGCCAGAGGGCCGCAUCCACUUUGCUGGCGAGCACACCUGCCUGCCCCCUGGCUGGAUCGACACUGCCAUCCAGUCCGGCCUCCGGGCAGCCAGGAACAUCCAGGCUGCCGUGGACCAGGAGGCCAGAGGAGGCAGGCCUUUGCCAACACCCAGAACAGUUCCUGACGUGGAAAGAAGGCCCUGA